ACCUAGCACCAUCACUCACCCACUCCCCUGCCUCAACCAAUUCCCAUUCCCUCUAUAAAUAAGCACACUCACCAAUUGUGUCAACUCGCGUCUUGCCCUUCCCUCUCUUUCUAUAUCUCCCUCUCUACCGGAAACCGCUCUCCUUUCGUUGCUAAGGAAAAAUGGCUUCCCACAUCGUUGGAUAUCCUCGUAUGGGCCCUAAGAGAGAGCUGAAGUUCGCUCUGGAAUCUUUCUGGGAUGGCAAGAGCAGCGCUGAGGAUUUGGAAAAGGUGGCGGCUGAUCUCAGAGCUUCCAUUUGGAAGCAGAUGUCUGAUGCUGGCAUCAAGUACAUUCCCAGCAACACAUUCUCAUACUACGAUCAGGUGCUCGAUACCACUGCCAUGCUCGGUGCUGUUCCCCCGAGAUACAACUGGACUGGUGGUGAGAUUGGUUUCUCCACUUACUUCUCCAUGGCCAGAGGGAAUGCCACUCUUCCUGCUAUGGAGAUGACCAAGUGGUUCGACACCAACUACCACUUCAUUGUCCCUGAAUUGGGACCUGAUGUGAAAUUUUCUUAUGGUUCUCACAAAGCUGUUAAUGAAUACAACGAGGCUAAAGCGCUUGGUGUUGAUACCGUCCCAGUUCUUGUUGGACCAGUUUCAUACCUUUUGCUUUCGAAACCUGCCAAGGGAGUUGAGAAAAAUUUCCCACUUCUUUCUCUUCUUGACAAAAUUCUUCCAAUCUACAAGGAAGUGAUUGCUGAGCUGAAGGCAGCAGGUGCUUCAUGGAUCCAGUUUGAUGAGCCUACCUUGGUAAAGGAUCUUGAGUCUCACCAGCUGGAAGCAUUCACCAAGGCUUAUGGAGAGCUGGAGUCAACCUUAUCUGGUGUUAGCACCAUCAUUGAAACUUACUUUGCUGAUGUACCAGCUGCGGCAUACAAGACCCUCACAUCCUUGAGCGGAAUUUCUGGUUUUGGUUUUGAUUUGGUUCGUGGAGCUCAGACUCUUGAUCUGAUUAAGGGUGGUUUCCCUGCUGGAAAAUACCUCUUUGCCGGAGUUGUUGAUGGAAGGAACAUCUGGGCUAAUGAUCUAUCUGCAUCUCUCUCUGAGCUCACUUCUCUUGAAGGCAUAGUUGGAAAGGACAAACUUGUCGUGUCCACAUCCUGCUCACUUCUCCACACUGCCGUUGAUUUGGUCAAUGAGACCAAGUUGGACCAGGAAAUCAAAUCAUGGCUCGCAUUUGCAGCUCAGAAAAUUGUUGAAGUGAAUGCACUUGCAAAGGCAUUGGCUGGCCAGAAGGAUGAGGCCUUCUUCUCUGCCAAUGCUGCUGCUCAAGCCUCUAGGAAAUCAUCUCCCAGAGUGAACAAUGAAGCUGUCCAAAAGGCUGCUGCUGCUCUAAGGGGUUCUGACCAUCGCCGUGCUACAAAUGUUAGCGCCAGACUUGAUGCUCAACAGAAGAAGCUUAACCUUCCAAUCCUCCCAACCACCACUAUUGGUUCCUUCCCACAAACAGUGGAGCUCAGAAGAGUGCGCCGUGAAUACAAGGCCAAGAAGAUCUCUGAGGAGGAGUACGUUAAGGCCAUCAAGGAGGAGAUCAACAAGGUUGUCAAGCUUCAGGAAGAGCUCGACAUUGAUGUUCUUGUUCAUGGAGAGCCAGAGAGAAACGAUAUGGUUGAGUACUUUGGAGAGCAGUUGUCUGGUUUUGCCUUCACAGCAAAUGGGUGGGUGCAAUCAUAUGGAUCUCGAUGUGUGAAGCCACCAAUCAUUUAUGGUGAUGUCAGUCGCCCCAACCCCAUGACUGUUUUCUGGUCCACCGCUGCCCAGAGCAUGACCAAGCGCCCGAUGAAGGGAAUGCUUACUGGUCCCGUUACCAUUCUCAAUUGGUCUUUCGUGAGAAACGACCAGCCCAGAUUUGAAACCUGUUAUCAGAUUGCUUUGGCCAUUAAGGAUGAAGUUGAGGAUCUUGAGAAGGCUGGUAUUACCGUGAUCCAAAUCGAUGAGGCUGCAUUGAGAGAAGGAUUGCCACUCCGCAAGGCAGAGCAUGCUUUCUACUUGGACUGGGCUGUACACUCGUUCAGAAUCACCAACGUCGGAGUCCAAGAUACCACCCAGAUCCACACCCACAUGUGCUACUCCAACUUCAAUGACAUCAUCCACUCCAUCAUCAACAUGGAUGCCGAUGUGAUCACAAUUGAGAACUCGCGAUCAGACGAGAAGCUUCUCUCAGUGUUCCGUGAGGGAGUUAAGUACGGAGCUGGGAUUGGGCCAGGUGUGUACGACAUCCACUCCCCAAGAAUUCCGUCGACUGAGGAGAUUGCGGACAGGAUCAACAAGAUGCUUGCCGUCCUUGAGACCAAUAUCUUGUGGGUUAACCCUGAUUGCGGUCUCAAGACCCGCAAAUACGGAGAGGUGAAGCCUGCACUUGAGAACAUGGUUGCCGCCGCCAAAAAACUCCGAGCCGAACUUGCCAGUGCCAAAUGAGCUCUCUCUAUUUCCCACCUCCGAUUGUUAGAAAAGUCUUUCCUAUAAUAAUUGUUGUUUCCGACAAAGAAGAAAAUUACUUGAUUAGGUGUAGUGUGCCCGCUGGGCGAUUUGUUUGGUUUGCUUAUUAUAUGUUUGGUUAUUUGAAUAUUAAUGUCCGUUUUCUUUUUAAUGUGGAAGAGUUUUAUACUCUUA